GUAACUUUAUUUGUCGCUGUGGAUAUUUUGGUCUGCUGCGCUGCUGUUGAUUAGCGAUUGAACACGUUAAAAUUUUCAUAUUAAAAAAAUAUCAUUAUAUUUGCAAUCUUGAAUCAUGGCAGGUGAAACUACAGAAAAUAAUAACGAAGCUGCUCCUCCUCUCUCAAAAAAAGCUUUGAAAAAGAUGGCAAAAGAAGAAGAAAAAGCAUCUAAAAAGAAGGCUAAACAAGUUGAACUGGAAUCAAAAUCUGAAGCAGAUGAAAAUGAUUAUUCUAAAGACUGCUAUGGUAAACUGCCCAUGAUACAAUCCUCUGAGAAGCCUUCAAGGAAAUUGAGUUCAGUUAAAUCUUUAGAAACAGAUCUUGGUGAAGAAAAAGUGUGGAUUCGAGGAAGACUCCACACUAGUCGAGCCAAAGGAAAACAAUGUUUUUUUGUUCUUCGUCAACAGCAAUAUACCAUUCAGUGCCUUCUGUCUGUUUCUGAAACCACUAGUAAACAAAUGGUGAAAUUUGUAGCUAACAUUACAAAAGAAUCUAUUGUGGAUGUUGAAGGUUUUAUUCGAGCUUCACCUCAAAUGAUUGAUGCUUGUUCUCAGAAGAAUGUGGAGAUGCAUGUCACUAAGGUGUUUGUUGUCAGUGCAGCUGAAGCACGCCUUCCAUUGCAAAUUGAAGAUGCUUCUAGGCCUGAAAAUGAAAAUGAUCCAGAUGGCUUGCAUAUCCAUGUAAAUCAAGAUACAAGAUUGGACAACAGAGUUUUAGAUCUUAGAACUGCCGCAAACUUUGCUAUUUAUACAAUUCAAGGAGGAGUGUGUACUCUUUUCCGAGAAUUCCUAAAUGGGAAAGGUUUCAAAGAGAUUCAUACACCAAAGAUUAUUUCAGCUGCAAGUGAAGGAGGAGCUAAUGUUUUUGAAGUAAAAUAUUGUGAAGGUAUGGCUUAUCUUGCACAGUCUCCCCAGUUGUAUAAGCAGAUGGCAAUUACAGCAGAUUUUGAUAGAGUGUACACCAUUGGUUCAGUAUUUCGAGCAGAGAAUUCUAAUACUCACAGGCAUUUAUGUGAAUUUGUGGGUUUGGAUUUAGAAAUGGCAUUUAACUACCAUUACCAUGAAGUGCUUGACCUCAUUGGUGAGAUGUUUGUUGAAAUUUUCAAAGGUUUGAGAGACAGGUUUUCUGAAGAAAUAAAUACAGUUUACAAGCAAUAUCCAGCAGAACCAUUCAAAUUUCUCCAACCUAGCUUGAAGCUUGACUAUUCACAAGGUUUAGCAUUACUGAGAGAAGCUGGAGUCGAAAUUGAUGAUGAGGAUGAUCUUAGCACGCCAGAUGAAAAGUUGUUGGGAAAAAUUGUAAAGGCAAAAUAUGAUACAGAUUUUUACAUUUUGGACAAAUUUCCUCUCAAGAUCCGUCCUUUUUACACCAUGCCUGAUCCUAACAACCCUAAAUUAUCUAAUUCAUAUGAUAUGUAUAUGAGAGGGGAAGAAAUUAUUUCGGGUAGCCAGCGUAUCCACGAUCCAGAUUAUUUGACUCUUCGAGCUACAGAACAUGGCAUAAAUUUAGAAACGAUCAAAAGUUACAUUGAAUCAUUCAAAUACGGAGCUCCACCUCAUGCUGGUGGUGGAAUAGGUCUUGAACGUGUGACAAUGCUGUAUCUUGGACUGAACAACAUACGUAAAACAUCUAUGUUCCCGAGAGACCCUAAGCGCCUCACACCUUAAUUAAUCACUUAAUUUAUUGAAUAAAUUUAUUUUAAAAUCUG